AUGUCUCAAAAAAUUGAUCUAACACAAUUGAACCCAGAACAGCUAUCUGCUGUGAAGCAGCAGAUAGAUCAAGAGCUACAACAUUUCUCACAAUCCCUACAAGCACUUAACAUGGCUCGCUCGAAGUUUAAAGAAUGCAUAGAAGACAUUAAGACCGUAAGCAGAGAAGAAAAUGCAAACCAAAAGCUACUAGUACCACUCUCCGGCUCCUUAUACGUCACAGGAAAGAUCAAGGAUAACAAGAAAUUUAUGGUAGAUGUUGGUACUGGCUACUAUGUCGACAAAUCUGCGGAGGAAGCCAUUGAGUUCUAUCAAAAGAAAGUAGAGAAGUUAAACAAAGAAUCCAUUCAAAUCCAGGAUAUUAUUAAAGAAAAGAAUCAAUCAUCCAUAGCAAUUGAGAACCAGUUGAGAGUAGCAGCCAUCAAACAACAUGAACAAAUGGCUGCUGCUCAGAAGUCAUAG